AUGGUUAAUGAGUUUUUAUGAUUAUUUUUUGACAAUCGUAUAAAUAUUUGCAACUACUCUCGUAUCGGAAUGAAAGACGAUGAUUAUUUUUUUAAUGACGAAAUGUUUACCAUGUGAUUGUUAAAAUAGUUCGAAGGAUUAAAUAAGUGCAAUGCGAAAUAUUGUUUGGUAAUCGUGGAUUUGCAAUUUUUUUCGAAGAAAAACAAAAAUUGCCAUCACCAAAGUGCCGACGGUAAAAAACGAAUGAACUUUUGCUGUGCGAAUGUGAAUUUUUUUUUUUUAGUUGGAAAAAAUCGACUGCGUAGAUAGAAAUCUUGAAUCUUGGAAAGACGAAAGAUAGCAAAUUUAAUACAUUUUAAUGGAUAGUAGCUGAGAUUAUUUUUGAAGACUGGCGAAGUAGCAGCAACGUUUUCUAGCAAAGAUGUGCUCCAUUUUUCACAAUCGUAUUAAUUACCGAGGUCCUAGGGGUGGCAAUGGUGCUGGCGGUAACGCCACUGAACCAUCGUCCAUCAAAGAUGACCCAGAUCGUAAUAACAACAGUGGCAGCGACAAUGGGCCAGACUCACGUCUCAUACACCUACACCAAAGCGGCGAUGAAGAUGAAGACGGUGAGCCCGGCGGCGAUGAUGGGGUCAUUGAAGAGGAAGAAGCAUUGGAUCUAUCGGUGAUGUCGCGUUUUCCGGCCACCGGCCAUGUUGCUCUCGAGGCCCUCCAACACACAAAGGUGGCUGUGGCCCAAUUUGCCGCCACAGCCAUAGCCAACUCGCAGAACUAUGACGAGGCAGUGAGUGAUCUGGCCGUGGUGCAGUCGACGAUAUUCAAUGUGCAGCGCCAGCAGCUUAUGCAGAUGCAGCUGAUACAGCACCUGCAGUCACAGCUAAAGCAUCGAACUGAGGAGGGCGAUGUUGACAAUGAUGACGAUGAUGAUGAUGAUGACGGUGGUGGUGGUGGUGGUGAUGAGGAUGAAAGACUUACAAUGAAGGAGGAAGAAGAUGAUGAUGGGGACAUAACUUGUCAGAGCACAGAUCAAAUCCCAGAGAAAGAAAAGACUGAAAUCAAAGAGGAGCCCCAGACAAAGACUCCAGCGAGUAGUGAAGAGGAGAAGCAAGAAUGCACAGAAGCAUUUCAGCCGCACCUAUGCGACAUAAGUUCAUCAUUUGCCUCGAGCAUCAUCACCAAUCAUGAUCCUCCGCCGCCACCGAACGAGCCCAAUUGUCUAGAAAUGCUCCAACGGCGAACAGAAGAGGUCCUAGACUCAGCUUCGCAAAGCGUGCAUUCGAAUCACCUUAAUGACGAGUAUGAUUACUCACGGAAAGACGGCCAGGGGCGGGGGGAAAUCUUCAAGCAUCGUUGCAAAUACUGUGGGAAAAUCUUUGGUUCCUAUUCAGCGUUGCAAAUUCACCUGCGAUCGCACACCGGUGAGAGACCCUUUCAGUGUAAUGUUUGUGGUAGUAAAUUCACGACCAAGGGCAAUUUGAAGGUGCACUAUCAACGUCACACUCAGAUAUUUCCUCCGAUGUUGAUGCCUCCGUCUGGGAAUCCAGAGCAAUACCAUCCUCCUCCACCGCCGUAUCCAAUGCCUGGUGGGAAUCCAUCAUCGAUGAGGCUGCCAUUUCCACCAUUCGUCCAGAUGCCUCCAUUCCAUGUGAGUUCUCCUCCGAAUCAGGACAAGGAGCCACAGCAACCAAACAUUGAGAAGAAACCACAGGUUCAACAGCAAACUGAGGCUCAAGACCUCCGGAAACCUUCUAAAGAAGACGAUGAAGAUGUAAUUCCUGUGCUUCCACCUGUGCUUCCUAUCGUCAUUGAGGAGAAACCAAAGAAAGAAAUAUCAAUUCCUAUCCCUCCACCAAAUCAUCGCCGUAAACGGCCAUCAAGUCCUAGGGAGCCAAGGGACUUACAUCCCCAAGCUCCUUUAAGACCUUCGGUGGAUGAAAAUAUUGCCGCGGAGAAUCUAUCAAAGUCAUCCCGGCGAUCAUCGUUAAGUCGAGGGUCGGCAACAAGUCUCGAACAGAUUCCGUCGGAGUACUCCUUGGCCCAAAUGGAACGACUUAUAGACAAGUCUUGGGAAGACCUCAUCGAAAUCGAUAAGACCUCAGAGACUUCCAAGCUCCAGCAACUUGUCGACAACAUCGAGAAUAAACUUACCGAUCCAAAUCAAUGUAUAUUUUGCCAGAAAGUGAUGUCCUGUCGAAGUUCCUUGCAAAUGCAUAUUCGAACACACACCGGCGAGAGACCUUUUCGAUGUCGAAUUUGUGGUCGAGCUUUUGCCACAAAGGGUAAUCUUAAAGCGCACAUGAGCAUUCAUAAAAUCAAACCACCAAUGCGAAGUCAGUUUAAGUGUCCUGUUUGCCAUCAAAAGUUCUCGAAUGGUAUAAUCCUGCAGCAACACAUAAGAAUACACACGCUAGAUGAUGGUGAUGGAGGUGUCGAGAGGGCGAAAUACAUGGAAAUGGUCAAUGCGACAGAGGAUCAAAGUUCCACUCGAUCGAUUUGUACAUCGGAUAAUAUGGAUUUUUCACAGUCUGAAUAUUCGGGACAGAGAUCGGAAUCGUCACAGGGUGAUUUUGAUGAUUUCACAAUGGUGAGUGAGGAAGAUUCGCCAAUUGAAGUGCAGGGAGAUGGUGAGAGGAGAGGUGAGGAAAAGGAGAGACAUGAUGAGUCAGAAGGUGGUAGUUAUUCGGAUGAAAAUGGUGCAAUGGAUUUGUCGGCAAAGUCGGCAGAUAGUGAGAAGAGUUCUGAACACACUGGAGGCGUUAGUUUGGUGCCGAAUUUUCUUUUAAUGGCGAGAGAAAAUCGAAGUCCACCGAAAUUCCCGAUGUUGCCAUUUGGACCGUUGGGGAUUAUUGCUGGUCUUCGUGGUGCUGCAAAUAUAUGCAAUAUUUGUUUUCUCAUCUUUCCGAGUGCAUCUGAACUCGAAUUACACAUUCGAACUCAUAAUACCAAAGAGGAUAACUUCAAGUGCUCCAUCUGUGAUAAAGGCUGUGCAACAAAAGAGGAAUUCCAUCACCACAUUUUGGCCCACAGACUGCGUCGAGAUUCUGAGGAUUCUAUGCAAAAUCAAAAUUCAAAUAAUUUCUCCCACGAUGAGGCUCACUUAGAUAUGAGUCAAAAACCACCCUCGGAUAUGUCCACAAUGAACGAUAAUCAAAUACCAUCAUCAUCAUCACCUCCAACUGGUAGAGAAUCAUCAACUUCGACUAUGACCUCUGAUAACAAUAUUGGCGGUGAUGCUGAACAUUCGUUGAUGAAAAUGCAACUUUUAUCUUCACUACCAACUGAGUCACAUCACAGGCAGUCUUCAUCAGAUUCAUCACAAUUCACUCCCAAUACCCUAAUCAAACAGCAAGAACUUCAACAAAAUGCCCAGGAACCACCGGCGAAUAACAAGCACUUCUGUACAGUUUGUCGAAGAAAUUUCAGCUCCAGUUCUGCCCUGCAAAUUCAUAUGAGAACUCAUACUGGAGACAAGCCAUUUCAGUGUAAUGUUUGUCAAAAGGCUUUCACGACCAAGGGAAAUCUUAAGGUUCAUAUGGGCACCCAUAUGUGGACGAAUCCAGCAUCGAGACGUGGAAGGCGUAUGUCAUUGGAACUUCCAAUGCAUAGGCCUAAUUUGCCUCCAUUGGGUUCACAUCAAGAUUCUGAAUUAAUGUCAAGGAGGCCUGAAAUAUUUUUCCCAUAUUUGCCACCAUUUUUCAAUGGUUUACAACCAAAGCCUGUUGAUUUACCACCUGGAUCAUUUCCUGGUCUCCCACCACCACCAUUCCCCAAUGGAAGUGGCCAAAAGUACUCCGAUUUGAUGGGAUUUGCACCAUUUCUAGGUGCACCAUACAAUUUCCCACCACUACCGAAUAUGGAUCGUCAAACUAGCAAAUCACCUUUAGAUGAGAAGAACUCAAGAAGUCCUCAGGAAAGUCCUACAAAUAAUGGUACUUCAUCACAUCGUCAUCAGCAGUUUAACAAUCAACAACAAUCUUUGUCAGUGAAAAAGAACUUCCAUCCAGAUGAGUUUGUCAAAGGUUGA